CAAAAAUAUUGUAAUGAUUUCAGAUUUAUAUUUACAAAAUAGUUUAUAGAUUCUGUGCUAUCAACUUGGAUAUUGCAUUUUAACGAGAAAAUUGUUAAAUUUCACGUUGACCACCAAUUGAAGAAAGUCUUACAGUAGGUAUGGACAUCGCAGAUAAAUCUAAAAUCAUGGAAGAUGAAAAUGAACGAUUUUUUAAGGAAUUAUUAAGUGAUUCCGAAUCGAAUAAAGGUUACAAUCAAACGACGGAAUUGUUUUCUGGUCCCGCCGAACCUAGUGCCUCGAAAAAGUUGAAGACGUCCGAUACAAAUGAAAACAGUGAUCGCUUUCUGCCCAAACCUAACAAUUUGGGUUCCAUCUCACUCGAAGAACCAGACACCUCUCUCGUCCAGUCUAUUAUUACUAUGCAUUAUUUGAAUGGGGCCAACGAAUCGAUUAUGGAUUCCGGUUACAAUACAAUCAGUUGGAAAAAAAUGUCUCAAAGCCGAAACAAAAAGCCUCAAGAAUCUAUGUCCGAUUGCAUCAUGCACGCUGUAAACUGUAUUGAUCGCUGUUUAUUUGACGAAUCAGAACUUUUGAGCACAAUAAUCGAAUGGCACAGUGACAGAAAUAUUAUUAGAUAUUUGAUCGACAUGAUAGACAAAGCGGCCAAGAGCGAUGAGUUUGCGCUCACUUGCCGUGAUUUCGUUACCGAUUUUGUCCGAAUUACCGUAACUAAGAUUUUGAACGAUCACCAUAAAUACAAUUCCGUUCACGUGGAAUACCAAUGUAAUCUCCUAGCUAAAUUUUGCUACGACAAAUACCUGCGAUGGAACAUCAUUAACAUGCUAAUCGACCGUCUCAAGCCUGAAUCAAACUCUACUCCCAGUCCCAGUUCCUCUCGCAGCGUUUUCUAUGCAUUCCACAUGAUUGAUAGAUUAUUGGUCAAAGCCGAUUUAUGUGUUACCGACGGAAAAGUUUUGACCACAAGUUCAAUACCAGAUCUCUGGAAAAUAAACCACGAAAAAAAAUGCGAUAACUACAAGGAAGAAGUAAGUACAAUGAUAGAAGAAUGGAAGAACGCACUGCAAGUCAUUUCUGUGGAAGCCCUGAAAAACAACGUAUUUUUAUUAAGUUUUAGGGCUAACCAAUGUCUUGAGAAUAUAAAAUUAUUAACAACGCAAAAGUAAUGACGAUUUUUUAAAAUUAUAUUUUAAAACAUUUAUUUUUUUUAUUGUUAAAAUUAAAUUCGAUUUAACAACUUUAACGUAGAAACAGUUUUCUGUUCAGGCUAUGAUAACACGAAGCACAUAAUAAUUAAAACUUAAAAUCACUUUUGGUACAAUAAU